GUUCAGUAAAUGCAGGUGAUGUCGUCAUGGUAUGAAGAUGGCUGAAGGGUGAGUGAGAAGUCACAAAAUAGUUUUUGUUUUAUAAUUUAACCAUCGUAUUAUAUCACACUUUCGGCAUUUUUUUUUCUUCAUAUAAGAUGUUGCUUCCUUCAUAUUUAGCUCUUGCUACAUUCACCCAUUUCAAAACGUUCUGUCUAUUCUCGAGGCAAUGCGAGGAAGUCCAUCGGGGUUUGUUUACCAAAAUAUUGCACCAGCUGGUUAGCUUGAUGGCUAACGUUAGCUGGCUAGCUAGCAGUGGCUAACAAACUGGUUGCUGCCAAAUCGCAGAGACAGACGUUUUAAUCGUGUGACAAAUGUAAUUUGGACGAUUAUUUCUUCCCCCUGUUGUAUUUAUUAAAAGUUAUUGAUAAAAUACAGCUCUGUGGUAUUGACAGUUAGCUAGCUAGGCUAGUUGUUGUAUACGUCUAAUGCAAAUUCCCUGGGGUGUAUUCAUUACGUCUUGCAACUGAAACCGUUUAUCGUUUAAGAACCAAACGGAAUUAAACAGAGCAAACGGAACAAAACGGGAGGGACCUACCUGAAUUUGUCCAAUAGAAACUCGGAGGUGUGUAUACACUCAUCUGAGACCAAUCUAGCCAGUUUAGCUGUCUGGCUAGCCAACACAUGAGGUGUAUUCAUUACGCCGAUUAUGUUGCAAAACGUUUUGCAACAAACAGUUUACUCCAAACGGAAAAUGUUUUGCAACAAACGGCGUAAUGAUACACCCCAGGUGUUGGCUAGCCAGUCAGCUAAACUGGCUAGAUUGGUGUCAGAUGAGUGUAUGCACACUGUUACUCUCCUGUCUGGCCAGAUUGUUAAUGGCCUAGCUAAGGUCACCUACAUAGUUAAGUAACUAAAAUGCAAGCUAUGUAUUGCAUGACAUUGCCCUGUUGAUCCAUUAAAAAAAAUCUCCCAUCACCAUGUCUCUUGACUCCAGGGAAGGCUGCGAAGGCUGGUGGGGAGGCUGGCUUCAGCAAAGCUUCCAGGCUGUCAAAGAUAAGGUAGGCAUCCAUGCUAGCCUGCACGGAUAUUUUUACAUUUACAUUUUAGUCAUUUAGCAGACGCUCUUAUCCAGAGCGACUUACAGUUAGUGAGUGCAUACAUUUUCAUACUGGCCCCCUGUGGGAAUCGAACCCACAACCCUGGCAUGGUAAGCACCAUGCUCUACCAACUGAGCUACACGGAUAACCUGAUUAUCUCUCCUUAUGAUGCAUAAUAAACUACAAAAUAAAGCUAGCUAGCUAUUGUUUUAUGUGCUGUGCAUCAAGAAGGCAAAUUCAAUGUUUUCAAAAUGACUCAUGAUAAAACAUAAAAAUCAAUGAAUAUCCUUGUGACAUCCAAUGUACGCUGAUAUUGAAGACAUCUUACCUUGUUUGGACUUGUCAAUGUAAAUCCAACAUUUUAUUGUUUUUACAGUCAUCUGAGGCGUAUGAGUUUAUAAAGCGUGACCUGACAGAGUUCUCCAACGUAGUGCAACAUGAUACUGCGUGCUCCAUCGUCGCCACAGCAAGUGCUGUUAGAAGCAAACUAGCGGUAGGCCAUUUGGUUCUUUACUAUGGCUCACAGUGACCCAUAUGAGAAAAGCUAAUAUGCAUUAUUACUUGGUUAUUUAUAGGCUUACUUCCUGUCUGACAUAUGUUACCUGGCCCACUUUGUUACAGGUGGAGGGCUCCUCUGACACCACAGAGAAGGUGAAGAAGAGCCUGUCCAGUUUCUUAGGAGUGAUAACAGACACCCUCGCUCCUCCCCAGGACAUGACCAUCGACUGUGAUGUCAUUACGCUAGUGGCAACUCCAGCAGGCACCACAGAGGUGUAUGACAGCACCAAGGUGAGGAUGUUAAGACUGUGUUUAACUAAUCACUGUGACAGUGUUAUUCAACUAAUUAAGGAAGAGAUACUAUGCUGUUUUACAUUUUACUGCACUUACUGCUAAUAUUUACAUUACAUUUACGUCAUUUAGCAGACGCUCUUAUCCAGAGCGACUUACAAAUAGGUGCAUUCACCUUAUAGCCAGUGGGAUCACCACUUUACAAAGUUAUUUUAGUUUUUUUGUUUUGUUUUUGGGUUGGGGUAAGGGGGGGGGGGUAGAAGGAUUACUUUAUCCUAUCCCAGGUAUUCCUUAAAGAGGUGGGGUUUCAAAUGUCUCCGGAAGGUGGUGAGUGACUCCGCUGUCCUGGCGUCGUGAGGGAGCUUGUUCCACCAUUGGGGUGCCAGAGCAGCGAACAGUUUUGACUGGGCUGAGCGGGAACUAUGCUUCCGCAGAGGUAGGGGAGCCAGCAGGCCAGAGGUGGAUGAACGCAAUGCCCUCGUUUGGGUGUAGGGACUGAUCAGAGCCUGAAGGUACGGAGGUGCCGUUCCCCUCACAGCUCCGUAGGCAAGCACCAUGGUCUUGUAGCAGAUGCGAGCUUCAACUGGAAGCCAGUGGAGUGUGCGGAGGAGCGGGGUGACGUGAGAGAACUUGGGAAGGUUGAACACCAGACGGGCUGCGGCAUUCUGGAUGAGUUGUAGGGGUUUAAUGGCACAGGCAGGGAGCCCAGCCAACAGCGAGUUGCAGUAAUCCAGACGGGAGAUGACAAGUGCCUGGAUUAGGACCUGUGCCGCUUCCUGUGUAAGGCAGGGUCGUACUCUCCGAAUGUUGUAGAGCAUGAACCUACAGGAUCGGGUCACCGCCUUGAUGUUAGCGGAGAACGACAGGGUGUUGUCCAGGGUCACGCCAAGGCUCUUCGCACUCUGGGAGGAGGACACAACAGAGUUGUCAACCGUGAUGGCGAGAUCAUGGAACAGGCAGUCCUUCCCCGGGAGGAAGAGCAGCUCCGUCUUGCCAAGGUUCAGCUUGAGGUGGUGAUCCGUCAUCCAUACUGAUAUGUCUGCCAGACAUGCAGAGAUGCGAUUCGCCACCUGGUUAUCAGAAGGGGGAAAGGAGAAGAUUAGUUGUGUGUCGUCAGCGUAGCAAUGAUAGGAGAGGCCAUGUGAGGAUAUGACAGAGCCAAGUGACUUGGUGUAUAGGGAGAAUAGGAGAGGGCCUAGAACUGAGCCCUGGGGGACACCAGUGGUGAGAGCACGUGGUGCGGAGACAGCUUCUCGCCACGCCACUUGGUAGGAGCGACCGGUCAGGUAGGACGCAAUCCAAGAGUGAGCCGCGCCGGAGAUACCCAGCUCGGAGAGGGUGGAGAGGAGGAUCUGAUGGUUCACAGUAUCAAAGGCAGCAGACAGGUCUAGAAGGACAAGAGCAGAGGAGAGAGAGUUAGCUUUAGCAGUGCGGAGAGCCUCCGUGACACAGAGAAGAGCAGUCUCAGUUGAAUGACCAGUCUUGAAACCUGACUGGUUUGGAUCAAGAAGGUCAUUCUGAGAGAGAUAGCAAGAGAGUUGGCUAAAGACGGCACGCUCAAUAGUUUUGGAGAGAAAAUAAAGAAGGGAUACUGGUCUGUAGUUGUUGACAUCAGAGGGAUCGAGUGUUGGUUUUUUGAGAAGGGGUGCAACUCUCGCUCUCUUGAAGACGGGACAUAGCCAGCGGUCAAGGAUGAGUUGAUCAGCGAGGUGAGGUAAGGGAGAAGGUCACCGGAGAUUGUCUGGAGAAGAGAGGAGGGGAUAGGGUCAAGCGGGCAGGUUGUUGGGCGGCCUGCCGUCACAAGUCGCAAGAUUUUAUCUGGAGAGAGAGGGGAGAAAGAAGUCAAAGUAUAGGGUAGGGCAGUGUGAGCAGGACCAGCAGUGUCAUUUGACUUAACAAACGAGGAUCGGAUGUCAUCAACCUUCUUUUCAAAAUGGUUGACGAAGUCAUCCACAGAGAGGGAGGAGGGGGGGGGGGGGGGGGGGGAUUCAGCAGGGAGGAGAAUGUGGCAAAGAGCUUCCUAGGGUUAGAGGCAGAUGCUUGGAAUUCAGAGUGGUAGGAAGUGGCCUUAGCAGCAGAAACAGAUGAAGAAAAUGUAGAGAGGAGGGAGUGAAAAGAUGCCAGGUCCGCAGGGAGUCUAGUUUUCUUCCAUUUCCGCUCAGCUGCCCGGAGCUCUGUUCUGUGAGCUCGCAAUGAGUCAUCAAGCCACGGAGCUGGAGGGGAGGACCGAGCCGGCCGGGAGGAUAGGGGACAUAGAGAGUCAAAGGAUGCAGAAAGGGAGGAGAGGAGGGUUGAGGAGGCAGAAUCAGGAGAUUGGAGGGAGAAGGAUUGAGCAGAGGGAAGAGAUGAUAGAAUGGAAGAGGAGAGAGUAGCGGGAGAGAGAGAGCGAAGGUUGCGACGGCGCAUUACCAUCUGUGUAGGGGUAGAGUGAGUAGUGUUGGAGGAGAGCAAGAGAGAAAAGGAUACAAAGUAGUGGUCGGAGACAUGGAGGGGAGUUGCAGUGAGAUUAGUAGAAGAACAGCAUCUAGUAAAGAUGAGGUCAAGCGUAUUGCCUGCCUUGUGAGUAGGGGGAGAGGGUGAGGUCAAAAGAGGAGAGGAGUGGAAAGGAGGCGGCAGAGAGAAAUGAGUCAAAUGUAGACGUAGGGAGGUUGAAAUCCCCCAGAACUGUGAGGGGUGAGCCAUCCUCAGGAAAGGAACUUAUCAAGGCGUCAAGCUCAUUGAUGAACUUUCCAAGGGAACCUGGAGGGCGAUAGAUGAGAAGGAUAUUAAGCUUAAAUGGGCUAGUGACUGUGACAGCAUGGAAUUCAAAUGAGGAGAUAGACAGAUGGGUCAGGGGAAAAAUUGAGAAUGUCCACUUGGGAGAGAUGAGGAUUCCUGUGCCACCACCCCGCUGACCAGAUGCUCUCGGGGUAUGCGAGAACACAUGGUCAGACGAGGAGAGAGCAGUAGGAGUAGCAGUGUUUUCAGUGGUAAUCCAUGUUUCCGUCAGCGCCAAGAAGUCGAGGGACUGGAGGGUAGCAUAGGCUGAGAUGAACUCUGCCUUGUUGGCAGCAGAACAGCAGUUCCAGAGGCUGCCUGAGACCUGGAACUCCACGUGGGUGGAGCGUGCAGGGACCACCAGGUUAGAGAGGCAGCAGCCACGCGGUGUGAGGCGUUUGUGUAGCCUGUGCGGAGAGGAGAGAACAGGGAUAGGCAGAGGCAUAGUUGACAGGCUGUAGCAGAUGGCUACAAUAAUGCAGAGGAGAUCGGAAUGAAAUGAACUAAACAUCUGGGAAAGGAGAGAGCGGGGCCUCUCUCACCACAACUCCCAAAUAUAACUCUCCCAACUUCCACCUCAGAAACUAUAAUUGUUGUAAACUACAGCGGUUCAAUGUUUUCUAGGAAUAGACUAACUUAGUUUAUUCAGCUAGCUAACUAGGUGCAGUAUUAUUCUGUGAAAAUCGUUCAGGCACUUAGUCAUAAGACGCCACAGCCAGCUAGCAUGCUGGACUCCAACAACACGGUUUAGCGCCAAUACUCGGCCACAACAAACCUCCAGUGUAUCAACACGCAAGCAGAUCGUUCGUGUCCGUGUCCGUGUCUAACGUUGUGGGCUAGUCCCGACAGCUUGAGCGAGUCCGUCGUCAACUUAUUCAGCCAGUUAGUUAGCUAGAAUAGUUAGCAAACUAGCUAGCCAUUGCUUUCAGACAAAGAAGAACCCCUCCUUUCACGGCACGAACACACAGAGAGAGCCAAACUAACGUUAACUAGUCACCCAUGUCCCGAAUUCCUUGAACGACUCGGGCUAUCAAUAUGUAAAAAACAAAACACAAAUGUAGGUUAUGACUUACCCCUAGCAGCUACUGUUAGCUAGCCAAGUGCAAAGCUAGCCACUGAAUUGACUCAGCCAGUUCGCGUCUGUUCGCUCGGUCGUUCCAGCUAUUGUUUACUAGUAGCUAUCCAGGUAGCAACAAGCUAGCUAAAUUUCAAGCACAGUAGCCACUUGCUACCUAACGUUAACGGUUCAGACAAUGAGGUUAGAAAACAGCUGAAUGGUAGGCAAUUAUUGUAUGUAAUUAUUGUAGGCAGCCAGCUGGCGUAAUUACAGGCACUCUCAGGCGUGAAACAACUAUACCGUUGCUAAUAGCUACUCGCCAGCUAGUCCAGGUGGUGGGUUAGCUAGCUAGCUUCGUGCUACACCGGGCAUAGCCGAAUACAAUACUAACCUACAAUAAUUACAUACAACAACCCACGAUAACUACCUACAAUACCUAACUACAAUCUAAAUACAUAGUUUAAGCCUUACUCGACAAAGCCCAAGCUAUGUAUAAAGCCAAGCUUACCCGACGCCAAGCUUACCCGACGACCUCCUUACCCGGAGAGCCUGUACAAUAUACCAGAAUAUAUCUCAGAAAUGUUGUUAACAUUGUUAUAACUUUUCCCCCAUCAGUUCAAACAUGUAAGAGUGGUUCGUCUCAGAAGUGUUACUGAGCUCCAGAGCAGAGAGGAUGGUUUAUCCACAUAAUUGUGCUUUAGGCCUAAUAUAAAACAAAAUACGGUCUCUUUUUGUUGCAAUACCAGAUACCAGGGGUGGAUUCACUAGGAACCAAAUGGGGAGGGACCUUCCUGAAUCUGUCCAUUCCAAUAGAAACUCGUUUUUGUUGCAAAACACAACUCUUGGAACUAAUGAUUACACUCCAGAACACAUGUUGUGUCACAUGAGUUACAGUGUGUGUUUUGUUCCCUAGGCUCGUCUCUACAGUCUACAAGCUGACCCUGCUACAUACUGCAAUGAGCCUGACGGUGAGACAGUUCACAACUAUCUCUUUCUUUUCGAUCUGUUUCUUCACUCUUCUCAUUAUAUUCAAGAAAAGGUAAUCAUGUGCCAUGUAACAUCACUAACCAGGCUUCAGUGCCCUCAAAACAUAAAAAAGCCAACAGAAUGGCAAUGACAAGGGACUAAAGGCCCUAUGAUUACUCAUUAUACUCUACCCUAAAUGUCUAGUCUUGGAAAUCCCAGACCUAGGCCAACAGCUCUAGGUCUGGAAGUCAUGACAGAUUCUCUUGGUAACUUUGAAAAAAAAGAAAUAUAUAUAUGUUCCGGGCAAAUCACAAGUUUGGGUGGGUGGGGCUUAAAAUUUGAUCAGAAAUUGCUCAUGAAAUUCAUACUUACCAUAACCUGUAGGCAGACAUGCCAGAACGUUGCGAUUGGAAACCAAAGUUUACAGGCAACUUUUACAGUGGUUUUAAUGAAGGUAGUUGAUGCAAAUUAGCUACUUGCGAAAUGCAUUCAUUAAAAUAACCUCUGAUCUCCAUCUUGUUAGCUACUAUUUUGUGUCUGGGGGAUGUUUAAGUGAGGACAACAAGCGAAUAAGGCAGUGAUGUAAGAAAGCCGGAUGUCCCAACUCCUCCCUUUCCUCUUUGCCAAGUGGCGCAGUGGUCUAAGGCACUGCAUCGCAGUGCUAGCUGUGCCACUAGAGAUCCUGGUUCGAAUCCAGGCUCUGUCGUAGCCGGCCGCGACCGGGAGACCCAUGGGGCGGCGCACAAUUGGCCCAGCGUCGUCCAGGGUAGGGGAGGGAAUGGCCGGCAGGGAUGUAGCUCAGUUGGUAGAGCAUGGCAUUUGCAACGCCAGGGUUGUGGGUUCGAUUCCCACAGGGGGCCAGUAUGAGAAAAAAAGAAUAAUAAUGUAUGCAUUCACUAACUGUAAGUCGCUCUACUAAAAACUACUAAAUGUCCUCAAAUGCGCUCCAAUAUGAUAAUCCAAGCCUGCAAGCCCUCUCUUGCUUGAUAUUUCUGAAGCAAAUGUUAAGUUAAGUUUGUUCAAUUUCUGUGUACUCUAAUCUGUAAUCUAAUGUGGGCAUUAAAAUCUGGCAGUUUUAUGAAUUGGGCCUACCCAUUAAUCAUGGUCAAAAUGAACUCUUAUUACAAUGAAUACAAAUAACUUGUCAGGACAAGAUUUGGGAAGUUUGGACUUCUUAUUUUCAUGCAGUUAAACUGUCAAACUUUUUUGUGUCUUGAGUGUGCUUUAAUUGUGUGGCCUGUGUGUUAUCCUAGGUCCCCUAGAGCAGUUUGAUGCGUGGCUCUCCUGUUUCAGUCUGGAGGAGAGGAAAGGAGAGAUCUCUGACCUCCUGGUCAACAGCCCCUCUAUCAGGGCCCUUUACACCAAAAUGGUACACUUAUCUAACCCUGCUGUUAAGACCUUUUAUCAUAGAAACACUAGAGCUUAACAUUAUUUACCACAUUAAUAGAAUAUAAGUUAAUUACUCUUGUUCCUAACAAUGCAAAGUCUGGGUGUAAAGUAGCAUAUUAUGCAUUUGCAUCCCUAGGUGCCAGCAGCAGUAGCCCAUUCUGAAUUCUGGCAGCGGUAUUUCUACAAAGUCUUUCAGUUGUACCAGGUAAUUCAGCCACUUUUUUAGUUUUGUUGUUACUGGCAUGGAUAGCUCUCAUGAACUGUCAUGCACCCCCUUCUAUCAUGUUAGAAUGUAAACUCUGCCCCCUGUUGGACAGUUUGUAGAGGGGCCUUAGCUCCAGUAGGUUAGUAAAGACUCUGGGAAAACAUUGAGAUUGUGAAAGAUAAUCGCGGCACCCAGAACCAAAUCUCCUGCUACUCUAUUUGGAUUCAGAUGCUUUCCAAUGUUUCUUAACAAAGUCCACGCCCACCUCUGCCAAAGCCCGUUCCUAGCCCCUCUCUUUUCUGGAAAGUCCACCUGUGUUUAUAAUUAAUAUUUUAUGUGCUGCAUGCUGACAAAAAGGAGGUAUCUGACAAUGUUUUCGAUGCAACUAUUUCACAGGUAAGCUGUGUUUUUAGAGAAAUUUCCAGUUAAAAUACCCAUCAACACUUCAUAGCACCACCUCCCUGAAUACAUAAAAACACAAUAAAAAGCUGGUAGUGUUCUGCUGAUGGAUAAUAACUAUUGUGACUGACCACCAGGAGGAAGCGAGGAGAGUGGCCCUGAAGCAGAGAGCAGAGCAGACUACCCACACAGAGGCUCUGGGCUGGGAGGAGGAGGAUGAAGGUGUGUUGGAUAGUGGAUUUCACAAAGGUGAAAUGUUUUAUUUCUGUGAGAUGUGGCCUGAAAGAAGUCAGUCAGAUUAGUGCAGGUCUGGCUCAUGUGACUCACUGUUCUCUCUCCCUUAUUUCUACCCCAGAUGACUUCCUUGGCGCCACGUCUUCAUCUCGCCUGGACUUCACGCCCCCAUUGGAAGACCCCGCAACCCAGCUGUCCCCACUCACACCAGUCACCAUGGCGAGGACCCCACUCAGCCCCAUACCGUCUCCGAGUGGGGAGCGCUCCUCUACCCUCUCCCUGAGCAGCGACAGUGGCAGCCUGCCCACCCAGGUGGAGUUGAGACCAGCCAGGCCACAGCCUGCAGUCGUGGAGCUGGCCCAGAAACUCAACAAGGCAAGCCUGGAGGAGAGAGAGCCAGAGGGGCAGCAGGAGGAGGAGAGGGAACAGGGGCAGCCUGAGGUUCAGGUUCAGGUCCCAGCCCAGCCUGAGCACACAGGGAAAGCUACAGCUGAGAGGGUAACAGUCCAGGCCCCCACCACCAGACCAGAGUCAGAGGGGCCCCAGGACCUGAGGGUGUUUGAGCUCAACUCUGACAGCGGGAAGUCUACACCUUCAAACAAUGGCAAGAAAGGUAAAAGGACAUUCUAUUCAGCUAUUGAUGUGACUGGUUUGAUUGAAUAGGGCCUAAGCUGUUCAUGUGUCAUAGAAGAGUGUUAAGUGGUCCUAUCUGACCCUGUGCUUCCCCCCAACCCCAGCAGGGUCCAGCACAGAUGUCAGUGAGGACUGGGAGAAGGACUUUGACCUGGACAUGACAGAAGAGGAGGUCCAAAUGGCGCUCUCUAGAGUUGGCGCUACAGGAGAGGUGGGCUAUGAUGUAUUUGUCAUAAUAUUUUUAUUGUAUUUUUUCUAACCUCAAACUAUAACAAAGAAUAACAUGCCUUGGAAACAAUUGUGUUGAACUAAAUGACAUGUUUUAUUUUCCAGCUGGAGGACUGGGAGAACUGGGACUGAUGAUUGCCGUGCCGUAGUGUUUCUAUCCCGCCAUUAAAGCGAGUUCUCGGGAGACGAACCAUGCUUAACGUGUUUUAACCCUGUCAACGCCGUCACCAUGUCACAUUUGUUCGUAAGGGAAUGUCUGAUGGGUUUGGACCAUGUUGCUGAAAGCUCUAGCAGAGCAAUGGGAAUCCAAGGCAAUACGAUUAGUCAAGGCACCAUCAGUUGUCAGUUUGUGCGUAUAAGUCUCAAGGCUGAUUAUUCAGUCUUGUUGGUUAUUUCUUGGAACAACUUAUGACUUAGAGAAUAUGACGCUAGUUUAGUUGGUGUUCCAUUUGACUAAAGCUAUGUAACAUCUAUAAGGAUAGGUUCCCCACAUGUGGGGUGCUGCUGCUCUCUCUAUGUUCUGAAAUGCCACUAAGUACAUUGUUGCUAGUAGUUCUUCAAAGUUAUGAGUGGGGGGGGGAUUAUUAUUUUACUUCAGGCUGCAGAAUAGCCAUAAACGGUAACGCUGCUUAUCAUGUGAUUUAUUGAAUGGUGAAUAUGAUUUAAACUCGUUUUUUUUCCUCAAGUGAUUUAUGAACUUGUCUAUCUUAUGCAAGUUAAUAUUCAAAAAUGAAAUAUACUUUGACCUUCAUAGAGAGCAUUCAUUUUGGAUUCACUCAACUCUAGAUAUAUGGCCUUGUCAGACACAUGAUAGUGUGGAAAAGAUAUCCAAAUGUUUUGUCACACAAGACACUGAUCUGAGUCUAAACCCAACUGAUCCAUGUUCUACAUUUGACUUUCCGUCUGUUUUAGUCCCUGUCCUGCUUAGUAAUUGAUGUGAACAUAUCUCUUCGGUGACCUCCAGAGGCCAUGUUUCCUCUUUAUUUCCUGUCUCUGCUACACUACUGUUCACAUCUAUUAUUCUAUCAGUCCACGUUGUCUAUUAUUGUUCUGGGUGGGGAGGGGCUCAUGUGUUGUCAAUUGUCAAAAGAGAAGAUCAUUAUGAUGCAAUAAAGAGGCUGCAAAAGCUUCCAGGUGCCAUGGUGCCAGAGUUUUGUGCUUGGAUGUCUGGGGGAUAUGGUCUGUUAUGUUAUUUCUGAUGUAAAAUAAUUAAUGAGUAACAAUACAGACUGCUGAUCCCACAACCUGCUGUGCUUAGCAUGGUAUUGACAUAUAGACUGCACAACAGCUCUGGAGUUACCAGUGUGGGGACAGUCUAGGGGCAAUGAGGGCUUUGUCUGCUUGAUUUAUGUAAUGAUACAUUAUAGGCUAGCUUCAUUCUGCAGUAUCGCUUCAUGCUAUUCUGGUAUUUUAUUGUAAUAACUUAGUCUUCAUCAGUGUAAACAGUGACCAACACUCAAAGCAUAAAGAUGUAGUCUACAUAUCUUUACAAUGACUGCUUUUCAUUUGAAUAUAAUUACUCUGUGCUUUGUUUUGCAUGGCAGUGCAAUCACAUAUGCAUACAGUUGUACAGCAGAUGUACUGUUUUAAGUUGUAUGUUUCUGGUUACUAGUAGCUUGUUGGAGGAGGAAUUACUUGUUUAUAAUUACUUGAUAUGUUGCAUGUCUCGAGUUCUCGCUAUGUAUUUCACUUUACAUAUAUUUGCACUUUAAACACCAAUACGUUUAAAGCUGUUUUUUUUUGGCAAUUAUAUUUUCCUCUAUUUUUCAAAUGAACAUUGUCAUUAAAAAGAGUAUCAUGC